AUGGGCAACAAUGCUUCUACCGGUAAGAAACGUUUUUCGGGCCUAAACAUAGCGAAAGAAUCUAAAGUCAUUGAGGGUACUAUAAAUGACAACGAAAAUACGAAAGACAAGAAAGAGAAUGGACAUUCCCAUAACUCUGGCCCGCUGAAUUCACCACUAGGGAGUCCUUUAGCUGUUGAUACUAGUAAAAAUAACUCUCAAAGUAUUAUGUCAUCAGAAGAAAAUUCUCCGAUCUCGCCAUCUUCACCUUCAACACCAAUGGAAAGGAUUCUCAUGCGAUCACUCGAUGAUAAUGAAAGUCCCGUAAAUGGUCAUAAUAUGUCUUUCACUCCAAGUAGUGCGAAUAACACUCCAGGUUCUUAUACCAGGGAUCGUCCGAAAUCCUUCGAUAUUGAUGAUGUGAUACGACGUCUAAUCAACGCUGGUUCUACUAAUAAAGUUCCUAAAUCAAUAUGUCUCAAAAAUAAUGAAAUAAACGCUAUCUGUCAUGCUGCUCGAGAAAUAUUUUUAUCACAACCAACCCUUAUUGAGCUUUCACCCCCUGUUAAAAUUGUAGGGGAUGUUCAUGGUCAAUAUACCGAUCUUUUACGUUUAUUUGAAAUGUGCGGUUAUCCUCCUACAGCAAAUUAUUUAUUUUUGGGUGAUUAUGUGGAUCGUGGAAAACAAAGUUUAGAAACUAUUCUUUUAUUACUUUGUUACAAAAUUAAGUUUCCUGAAAAUUUUUUUUUGUUACGAGGGAAUCAUGAAUGCGCAAAUGUAACUAGAGUUUAUGGAUUCUACGAUGAAUGUAAGCGUAGGUCGAAUGUCAAAACAUGGAAAACUUUUGUUGAUGUAUUUAAUUGCAUUCCUAUCGCAGCAAUUGUAGCAAACAAAAUAUUUUGUGUACAUGGCGGACUAUCCCCAUCACUUAACUCUAUGAAUGAAAUUAGGGGCAUCCAACGUCCUACUGAUGUGCCAGACAAUGGUCUUCUUAAUGAUCUUUUAUGGUCUGAUCCAUCAGAUAAUGUUACUGAUUGGGAGGAUAACGAAAGAGGCGUUAGUUAUUGUUUUGGGAAAUCUAUUAUUAAAGACUUUCUGGAACGUUACGAUUUCGAUCUCAUAUGCCGUGCUCAUAUGGUAGUAGAGGACGGUUACGAAUUUUUCAAUGAUAGGACACUAGUAACCGUAUUUUCUGCUCCUAAUUAUUGCGGUGAAUUUGAUAAUUACGGGGCUGUCAUGAGCGUAAAUGAGGAACUUUUAUGUAGUUUUGAGCUUCUUAAACCGCCGGAUGCAAAGCAACAACAACAGACGAAGGCAAAGAAGCGACCAAG